AUGUGGUUGCAUGCAUAUGAUUCAUCCAGGAGCUACAAAGAGAGGGUAAAAUUCUAUCAUGACAAGAAGCUGAUAAAAAGAGUUUUUACUCCAGGGCAGCAGGUGUUGUUGUUCAAUUCACGUUUGAAGUUGUUUCCUGGGAAGUUGAAGUCAAAGUGGUCAGGACCGUUCACAGUGAAGGAAGUGCGUCCUCAUGGAGCAAUUGAAUUGGUAGAUCCAGCUGCCAGUGAUCCAGAGAGAAGUUGGGUAGUGAGUGAUCAACGUCUCAAGCAUUAUUUGGGAGGAGAAGUGGAAUGUCUCUCAACAGUUCUGAAGCUGAGGGAUCCAUGA